AUGUCUUUGAAUUUUAUAACUGCAUGGCGGUUAUUUGGACAUCACUCAAUGAAAGCUGCAAGCAUUAAACAUCAUACGAUAAAAGCGGUUGUCACUAUAACAUUGACAUCAGAAACGUCUGAUGAUGGUACAGACAAUGAUAGAGAAACAAAAGCUACGACUAGCGACAUGUCCGAGACAGAUGAAGAACACAGGGUGGAAAAGGUUAAAAAUGCAAAUGCCAAUGUCUACUUGUCUGCAAAAAGACAAGGUAAUCAAUUACCUAAAUUCAAAGGAAAAUCACCGGAUGAAGGUUACAUCGCCGAUGAUGAAAGAAAAUGUGAAAAUUCUUCUACUGAUUAUUUCAGUAACGACGAAGAAUUUACUGAUGAUUUUAACAGCGGAAAUGAACAAAUUGUGAACAGCUCGAUUGAUCAAACAUCUUCUGACCAGAGCAGACGUAUAUCCCGUAGGAGCAGACGAUCAAAAACUCAAACGUCAAAGUUCCAGCGGAAGAGUAAGACGAUGAUAAUGCUAAUCUUGACGUCAAUAUUUGCCGUCACGAUGGCGAUAUACAUUAUACUGACCAGUCUCGUAGCUAAACCUGAUGGCAUUUUGAAAGAUAUGCCUGAUUCGCAGAAGGCGGCGUUCUUCUUCUUCUGGCGUUUAUACUUCGUCAACUCCGUCGUAAAUCCAAUCUUGUACGGAUUUAUGGACCCCGGAUUUCGUUCAGGGUUUAUAUCUUACAUGCGUAGAAACAAGCAUUCUGUUACGAGCUCAACGUAA